CACAAAGAGGAAAAGCCGCAUUCUUGUGGAACAUGUGGGAAAAGUUUCUGUCGUCAGGCGAACUUGGUGCUUCACAUGAGAACUCAUACAGGUGAGAAGCCAUGCACAUGUAGCAAUUGUGGGAGAAGAUUUCGUUUCAGAUCCUAUUUGAAAGUCCACAAGAGAAUUCACACAGGUGAGAUGCCUUACCUUUGUCAUACCUGUGGAAAAAGAUUUACUUUCUUAUCACAGCUUAAACAUCAUAUGAUAAUCCACACAGGUGUGAAGCCGCAUUCUUGUACAACAUGUGGAAAACGCUUCACUCAUAGCGCGCAUCUGAAAGUUCACAUGAGAAUUCAUACAGGCGAGAAGCCGUACGUUUGUAACACAUGUGGAAAAAGUUUUUCUGACACAUCAACACACAAAAGACACACAGCAAUCCACAAAGAGAAAAAGCCAUAUUCUUGUGGAACAUGUGAGAAAAGUUUCUGUCAUCAGGCUACUUUUAUGCUUCACAUGAAAACUCACGGAGGCGAGAAGCCGUACUCUUGUAAAACUUGCGGAAAAAGUUUCAGUGGAAGAAGUAAUUUGAAAGUCCACAUGAGAACUCACACAGGUGAGAAGCCAUUCUCUUGUACAACCUGCGGAAAAAGUUUCAGUGGAGGAAGUAGUUUGAAAAUCCACAUGAGAACCCACACAGGUGAGAUGCCUUACCUUUGUAACACCUGUGGAAAUAGAUUUACUCUGUUGUCACAGCUUAAAAACCAUAUGACAAUCCACACAGGUGUAAAGCCGCAUUCUUGUUCAACAUGUGGGAAAAGUUUCUCUCACAGCACGUCUCUGAAAGUCCACAUGAGAACUCACACAGGUGAGAAGUUGUCAUCCUGAAACAUAUAUGGAAGAAAUAAUUUAAACCAGUUAACAUUUUUAAAGCACCCUUCGAUUGUGCUUCAACAAUAAUUGUGAGGAAAUAUGUCAGCAGUCUUUGAUGAUUAGACCAGAUGGAGUCUGGACUCUAGUGGUGGUGGUGGAGCUGGGAGAAGAUCCAGGCUGAACAUCUGUACGAAUGUAGUAUUGGUACAGGCUGCUGUAUUUUUGGUAUCAUACUUCAUCCUUCAUCAGCAUAGCAGUGAUGUGAGAUGUUGCUAUUGCUGCCGUCUUUAAAGUGAAAGGAGGCAAAGAAAUACUGAGGCGUUAUGACAGUAGGACACAGCAGAGUGUGUCAUUGCAACAGAAGAGAUCUGCACAUGAACCUCCUUUGUCAAGACAGUCAUAGUGUUUCGUUCCACAUCCAUCAUUAUAUCUUUAAAUUUCAUUCAUCUCAUUUCUUCAUCAGCAAAAUGUCACAUACAUAGCAGCAAAUUCCCCAAACAGAAACCACCUUUACUGAUUUAAUGUGUGAUUUAAAAUGUGAUCUCCACAGGCUGUAAUGCUGUACAGGUCAAACUGUGUGAAAACUACAGCCGUAUGUCAUGAUCUUAAUCUGUCAUCUGUUUGUUCCCCAUCAGUGAUUUAUUUCUUGAUGCAUUAAUGGAAAUGCUAAACUUGUUUUAAACUCCAUAUUGAUUGUAAAUAAACUUUAAACAACUGACUGCA